AUGCGUGUCCUUCUGGUCUGCCGGUGCAUGUGUCCCUCCAAAGCAGCCCCAUCCCCAUCACGAAUCGUGGCCUCCCCUCCACCAUCCCCAUCACCAAAUCAAACCGUCAACAACUCCUCCAACUCCUCACUCUCCUCCCCCUCACUCGCUUCCCCUUCUGGCCUGUCCGUGGGAGCUGUCAUUGGCAUUGUGACCGCAGCCGUUCUGCUCGUGCCUCUCCUGCUUGCCUUAGCUUGGUGCAUUGCCGCGCACUUCAAGAUCUCCACAAAAGGUAGGUGGCGCAGAUGGCACCAUCCGAAUCUGGUGCAGCUGCUGGGGUAUGCAGUGGGAGGCCAUGUGAACACGCGGGUGGAGAACAUUCUCGUCUACGAGUUCAUCGCCAAUGGCGACCUGCGCACCUGGAUCGCCCCAGGUAGCUUUGGUGUGCUCAUGCUGGUGAUGCUGUCAGGCAGAGGAGCCACCAUCAACACGAUGAGCCCAGGCACUGAGUCGGACGCAUGUGCCAGCCACGAGCCAAUUUCCAUCUCCAAAUGGGCAGCUGAUCUCAUGGCGGAAGGGAAGACAUCACCCCUCAGGGACCCCCGCAUGGAGGCACCUGAUGACAUCACCAUACGCCUUGCCCACCUCGCUGUCACCUGCACUGCCAUGCCCACCGCCUCCCGCCCCUCCAUGUCCCGAGUGGCGCAAGACCUGGAAGCUCUGCGGGAUGAGGCAGGAGGGGGGGAUGCGAGAGCGAGAGCGGCAGCGAGGGUUGACGAGAAGCUGUCAAAUCAGCGGUUACGGAGGAGCAUGGAGGAGGAUCUAGCAUUGCUGAAUGAGCAAGUCAAGCAUGAGGGCGACUUUGCUGUGACACUACCCGUCUUCGCUAACAUGUCCGGACGGCAAGGCGGCAAGUUAAAACCCUUAAAACAGGCUAAGGCGAAGGAUAAGGAUUAUGACGAAGCUGACCUUGCAUACCUAGCCAAGAAAAAAGAAGAAGAGAAGGCUUUAAAAGAUCUGAAGUCCAAGGCUGCUAAGGGUGCUAUUGGAGGCGCUGGAUUGAAGAAGAGCGGCAAGUGA